AUGGGUUUGUUAUUUACGAAAACUAGAUCGAAAGAUAGACCUGUUCGGCUUCAUUUGGCUGGUAGCAUGGGAGAUGGGCAGUUUACUGCACGACUCAUAGCAGAUAAUAUAGAAGUAGAGUAUGAUAUCAUGUAUCUAAGCAAGGUCGAGAUAAAAAAUGAAUCUCAUCUUGAAUAUGUACCUGACGCGACAGGUUUUGUUCGAAUCUUACGUAACAGGGACCGUGAUUUACGACAUCUACCACACAAUGGAACAUUUAUAAAUGGUUGUCAGCUAAAAGAAGAUAUUCACAGCAUAAUAAAAGCUAAUCAGGUACGAUCUCUUGAAACAUCAUCCACAAGUAUUGAUCAAGCGAGUAUUUUCUUACAAUACAAUGAUUUAUGGCCGCCAGUUGACCGAGAAAUAAUUAGAAAACUACAAACUAUGCGUCAAGAGCUAACUAACGAACGCAGACGAAAUGCCCAGCGGAAUAUUGAACAAUAUUUUCUAUUCGCUAAAAGUUUGAUUAAUUUUCAAUUUAAAGAUGAUUUUGGCAAUAUCUCUAAACGUCUGUUUAAUAUUAAUUUGUCAAAUGAAUAUUUGGACAAACAACGGGAAAAAGCGAAUCAUAUAAUUGAAAUUUAUCAAAUACUCUACAUGUCACUGAUUGGUAUUAGUAUUCCAUCUGAACUAACUAACAAAAUUCGACUUCUUGUUAAUUUUUAUAAUAAAUAUCGGCAUAUGGUUAAUGAAGACAUUUUUCAACAACGAUAUUCGCAAGUACGUCAGAGAAUAACAAUGACUGAAGAUUGCGAUGUCGUUGUGGCGCUGAAACUGAGCUUUUGGCCAUCAGUGGCACGAAAACGGUUAAGGUAUUGGAAACAAUACAAACCUAUCAUCUAUAGAAAGGUACGAAAAUCGACCGUUUAUGUCAUUCCAAAAUGGUCGAAAAUGACAGCAGAGGAUGACGGUUCAUACGAGUUUCGAUUAUCCUUCUCGAAUGCUGAAGAAAUUUUGGCUAAAUCUCGUUCAAAAAGCGAAAAGAUGUUGAAUGACAUUGCUCGUACUAUAUAUUAUAAACAUCUACGAAAACCUGUGACGUUCUCACAUGAUUGUGUGCAUUCAUAUUUUAUUAAAACCGUGGUGCUGUGGAUGUGCGAAGAGUUUGACCUUCAGAAUAACUAUAGAGACAUCAUUGACGAGAAACAAAUUCGAGCUGAUUUAACAAAUCGAUUCGUAAAUUACGCCCGAGAAAACCUUGAUAAAGGUGAAUGUCCUCAUUAUUUUAUCAAUGAAAUCAAUGUGCUGUCUAUGUAUACAUCAGAAGCAAGAAAAGAAGCAUUUACCACCCUCGAGAACAUUGAGCUGACGGAUGUAUUACAAUCAAAUUUCGACAACUGGCGUCCGGAGUUUUUGACCAUAACUCCUGAAAUGCUUAGCGAAUUUCGUGAACUACAAGAGAAAGGAUUUUUCCGGCAAACUUCUUUUUUCGUACCUAAAAGAUUUGAACCCGCUCUACAAUCCACAUUUUGGAACUUCUUAAUCAACGAAGACCGUAAUAGGAACUGGUGGAAGGAAUGGAUUAACUUUUUGUUAAAUAAUUCCACUGACAGAUCAGUCACAGAGGAAAACCAAGAGAACGCCACAACAGACAUCACUAUCACUGAUAUUGAACUUGUUUUAAGUCAAUUCACCGAGACAGUUCAACGACGAUGGCCAUUUCUCAAUCACCUUAUAUUCGAAGAUGAUCCAGCUAAAGAAUAUAUCAUAAGUAGGCGUGAAGUAUUCGUUCGGUUUGCCAGUCGGAUGUCUCAUCAAUGGGUUUAUGACACCAUCUUGCACACCCUAAAACAAAACCAUAAUACAAAACACAUUCUAUCGACUAUAGAAGCAAACAAAAGUGAAUGUUCCAUUCCAAUAUCCGAAACAGAAACUCUUGCGUUCCCUAUUAACAUUGUAAUUCACGAAUUUUGGGAUGAUUUCAUUACUGACGUAGUAGGCGAUAUACUGACACUGAUUGGCGCCGGAUAUUCUUUUGCAAAAUUUAUAUUUGCAACUGAUGAACAUUAUCAACGUCAAAAUCCAAUAUCUGCACGGUUUCUACCACUGAUUAGAGCUUUUAGUUUGAUUAGGAAUGCAUUGCGACUCAAAAAAUGA